AUGAAUGGAAACAAGAGCUUUUCCAAUGACUUCAACUUAGUGGGGCUCUUUCCUCAAAAUAAAGCCUCAGGCUUCCUUUUCAUUGUUAUUUCUGCCACCUUCUUCAUAGCAAUGAUUGCUAAUGGGGUCAUGGUGUUCUUGAUCCAUGUAGAUCCUCAACUCCACACGCCCAUGUACUUCUUCCUCAGCCACCUCUCCUUUAUUGACAUGAUGUAUAUCACCACCAUUGUGCCCAAGACACUGGUAAAUUAUCUUGUAGGUAAGGGAACCAUCUCCUUUAUUGCCUGUACAGCCCAGUACUUUUUCUACAUGGGCUUUGUUGGGGCUGAGUUCUUCCUCCUGGGGCUCAUGGCCUAUGACCGCUAUGUGGCCAUCUGCAACCCCCUCCGCUAUCCUGUCCUCAUGAGUCGGAGAGUCUGUUGGUUCAUUUUGGGAAGCUCUUGGUUAGGUGGUGCUUUAGACAGUUUCCUCCUCACCCCAAUCACCAUGAGUCUCCCAUUCUGUGCCUCCCACAAAAUCAACCACUUUUUCUGUGAGGCACCCACUAUGCUGAAGCUAGCCUGUGGUGACAAAGCCACCUAUGAGAUGGUGAUGUACAUUUGCUGUGUUGUAAUGCUGUUGAUUCCCUUCUCUGUGGUCAUCUCAUCCUAUGCUUGUAUUCUUGUGACAGUAUAUCAAAUGAAGUCAGCAGAGGGGAAGAAGAAGGCCUUUGCUACCUGCUCAUCACAUGUGGCUGUGGUGACGUUGUUCUAUGGGGCUGCAUUGUAUACCUAUAUGCUUCCCCAAUCCUACCACACCCCACUCAAAGAUAAGAUCUUCUCUGCUUUUUAUACUAUCUUCACCCCCUUGUUGAACCCAGUCAUCUAUAGUCUAAGGAACAGGGAUGUGACAGGGGCCAUGAAAAGGGUGAUGUCAAGACAUCAAAAACUCUGUUGUGUGACAAGGAAAGAAUUCUGA